CUGUUAAUCUGCUGGCGACACAUAACAAUGUCACCAUGACACUGACAUUCACUCGCAUUCGCAUAUGAUAGAUUAUUGUUCUUUUCUUUAAAAAAUUAUUAUUUUUUCGUCACUUCAGUAUAAAUGUAAUUUUUUUUCAUAUUAAAACAAUAUUCUUAACCAAAAAUGUCGAAGGAUAAUGAAGAACCCACAGAUUUAGACUGGAUUCAACUACGUCGUGAUAUGGGACAAUCUCACCAAAUUGAAACAUUUAAAGAGAAAUUUGUUCGAAAGUUUGGAGAAAACCCGUUUGUUCCUAUAGGUUGUCUUGCAACUGCCGGUGCAUUGUCCUAUGGUCUGUGGUGUUUUAGAACAGGAAGAACAAAAUUAUCACAGCAAAUGAUGCGAAUGCGGAUUGUUGCACAAGGAUUUACAAUCACUGCUCUUGUUGUUGGUGUUAUGCUAACUGCAGGAAAAUCACUCAAAUAGUCCUUCGUUAUGUCGAUAAAUUAAAAUGUUUCCUAGGAAAUAAUAAAAAAUAUUCUUUAAUGUAUUUUACAAGCUAUCUUUUGAAACAUAUAGUUGUAACAGCUUGAUAAUUUAUUUUUGAUAAAUUCAUGUGCAAAGUUUAGUUAUAAUGAGUAAAUAAAAAGAGAAAUAAAUGUAU